AUGAUAUCGCUAUCAUUACGUUCAACCGCACUGGCGUUGCUCUGCGCAUCUACCGUCCUUGCUCAGACCGUCUCGCUCUCGGCCUUUAUCCCACGGAUCGACAACCUCCCCUCGGCCUGCAACACUGUCUACUAUUCCGCCAUUUCCGGAUGUGUACCAGGAGACUUCCAGCCAGGCGCAACAUGUAGCGCUGCCUGCGUACGAGGUCUCAACCAGAUCACAGACAGUGUGAAGAAGCGAUGCGCCAACGUUGAUGUGGGCGAGCUGAGUCUCAUUGGCGUCUUCCAGAAUGGACUGGGUAUCGCGAGUCUGUGUCCUGGCGUUACUGUAACGACCAUCAAGUCAGACUCUCCAACAACGAGCACACAGUCGUCUAGGUCAUCCACAAGUACAAGGGCAUCAUCUUCAACAUCACCAUCGUCGUCAUCAUCAUCAUCAGAGACAACCGCAGCCAGCUCGACGGUUGAGGCGAGACCGACAUCAUCCAGUUCAUCGACCGACACGCAAACCGAACAAACCACCAGCUCCAUUUCCUCAACAAACGGCCUAGUUCUGGACCCGAAUGCUACGGGAUCGACCCCAACUACAACGGUAGCCGUCCCGCCCGAAGACACAAACGCUCCCGACCCAUCGCUCGCGCCAGGCACGCAGUUGUCCAACGCCUUUUCAGGUGGCGGAUCACCAUUUGAUGUUGUCGCGACAGGCUCAUCAAGUCACAAAGAUAUAUUUGGUGGUGCCGCGGCAGCUCUCCUGGCGACAGCCUUCCUCCUGAUUAUCUGUGCAUAG